AUGGUCAAGGAGACGAAGCUCUACGACAUUCUGGGCGUAUCGCCGAAUGCGACGGAGCAGGAGCUGAAGAAGGCGUACAAGACAGGCGCCCUCAAGUAUCACCCGGACAAGAAUCGUAACAACCCGAACGCCGAGCAGAAGUUCAAGGAGAUUUCCCACGCCUACGAGAUUCUGUCCGAUUCCCAGAAGCGCCAGAUAUACGACCAGUAUGGCGAGGCCGGUCUAGAGGGUGGUGCUGGUGCCGGCGGCGGCAUGGCAGCCGAGGACCUCUUUGCGCAGUUCUUUGGCGGUGGUGGCCUGGGUGGCGGCCUUGGAGGCAUGUUCAGCGGCAUGAACCACCCGCGUGGGCCUACAAAAGCCAAGACGAUCCAUCACGUCCACCAGGUCUCACUCGAGGAUAUCUACCGCGGCAAGGUCUCGAAGCUGGCCCUUCAACGGUCCAUCAUCUGCCCGAAGUGCGAGGGUCGCGGCGGCAAGGAGGGCGCUGUCCGGAAAUGCACAACCUGCGACGGCCACGGUAUGAAGACGAUGAUGCGCCAGAUGGGUCCUAUGAUCCAGCGCUUCCAGACGGUGUGCCCGGACUGCAAUGGCGAGGGCGAGUUGGUCAAGGAGAAAGAUCGCUGCAAGCAGUGCUUCGGCAAGAAGACGGUUGUCGACCGCAAAGUCCUCCAUGUGCACGUCGAUCGCGGUGUCAAGAGCGGCACCAAGGUUGAGUUCCGCGGUGAGGGUGACCAAGCACCCGGCAUUCUCGCAGGCGACGUUGUUUUCCAGAUUGAGCAAAAGCCGCACCCCCGCUUCACCCGUCGGGACGACGACCUCCUCUACCAUGCCGAAAUCGACCUCGUCACGGCACUGGCCGGCGGUACAAUCUACAUUGAGCACUUGGAUGAUAGGUGGCUGAGCGUCGACAUCCUUCCCGGCGAGGCGAUUGCAUCUGAAACUGUCAAGAUGAUCCGCGGCCAAGGUAUGCCGACAUACCGCCACCACGAUUUCGGUAACAUGUACAUUCAGUUUUCGGUCAAGUUUCCCGAGAAGAACUGGACCCAGGACCCCGCUGCCUUUGAGGUGCUCCGGAAGGUCCUCCCGUCACCUGAGCUUAUCAACAGCCCUCCAGCCGAGGCCAUGACAGAGCCUGCAGACCUCGAGGACGUCGACAAUACUGCAAGGGGCUUCAACGGCGCCAUGGAGGAGGAUGAAGAGCAUGAGCACCACGGCGAACGUGUUCAGUGCGCUUCGCAGUAA